CUUUCUUAAUAUCACACCUUAUUAGUUUUUAUACUAUAAAUUAAAACUAUGCAGUGUUUAGUAGUGUUUCUAGUGUCUAUUUUAGCUUUAACUUUAGUUCAAGCUGGAACAAAUAAAUAUCAUCAGCAGUGGUUGCAAUUUAAGAAAGAGCACAUGCGAUUUUAUCGAAGCCUAGAUGAUGAAUCCAGACGCUAUGACAUUUUUCAAGAAAAUUUACAAAAAAUCGACGAACACAACGGUCUUUACGAUAAAGGACUUAAAACGUUCAAAAUGGGUAUAACUCAAUUUGCAGAUUUGACCAGUGAAGAAUUUAAAGACUUCUUAACAUUCAAACCAUCAAGUGGCGUCGAAAGGAAAGCACGAACACUAUUUCAGGUAUCUGGAAACGCAUCUGUUCCCAAAUCUAUUGAUUGGAGAAAGAAAGGAGCAGUGACAAAUGUCAAGGACCAAGGAAUUUGUGGAGCAUGUUGGGCAUUCUCUGUUACUGGCAGUUUGGAAGGAGCAUACUACUUGAAACAUAAAAAACUGGUCUCGUUUAGCGAACAGCAACUCAUAGAUUGCGCUACAGAAAAAUACGGAUUGUUUGGUUGUAAUGGUGGAGAAUUGGAUCCAGCUUUUCAAUAUAUUAAAGAAAAUGGAGCAGAAACUGAAUCAAACUAUCCUUUUGAGAUGAACGACGAUCAAUGUCACCAAAACAACAGCUUGAUCGUAACAAAAAUCAAAAGUAUUGUUGACGUAGAAUCUAAAAACGAAGAUGCACUAGUGGCAGCAGUUGGUUUAGUUGGUCCAAUUUCUGUUGCUAUCGAUGCCGAACCAAUCCAAUUUUACCGAUCAGGUAUAUUCCAAAGUGAAAGUUGCAGUCAAGUUGAACUAAAUCAUGCAGUGUUGGCAGUUGGUUAUGGAUCCAAAAACGGGCAAGAUUACUGGAUCAUUAAAAACUCGUGGGGAACUGAGUUUGGAGAAAAUGGAUAUAUUUUAAUGAAGAGAGGCGUUAACCAAUGCGGCAUUGCAUUGCAACCAAGUUAUCCGGUCUUGUAGAAUCAUAUAUAACUUAUAGUUUUUAAGAAUUUAUUGUUAAUGUAAUUAUUAUGUA